CUCCCUUUCAAAUCCCGGAGCCGGGUCGUAGCCAAGUUACCCACAGUGUGUGUGUCGUGGCCAAAAAAAAAGGGGAAAGAGAAAGAGAAAAAAAGUGUAGAAAGGUGUUUUCGAGCACAAUUUACGCCGCCGAAAAAGACGAGCAAAAAAAUAGUGUUCCGGUUUUGUGCGAGAGCCAUUCCAUCACCGCCAGCGCACAUGUUCUUCGAUGGUGCGAACUCGUCGUCGUGUGAAACGUUUUAGCGUGGCGAUUUUGUGAAUCUUUCUGAUAACUGUACGCACGUUCAAAGCUUGUGAUAACGACUGGUCGUGACUAGGAUCUGUUGACCGUGUGAAUUACAUAACAUUUAAAAGUGGUAUGUUGUGUUGUGUCUUUAACCUUGAAAGGUGUUGAAAUCUAGCUCCCUCCCAACGAGUCAACUUCUUGUGCGCGGCCGAAUUUUCUGGUCGACCUUAUCGUGUCGAACCUUCCGGAGCAGAAACGUGUACGUGCGUGUGUAUGCGUGUGUGUUUGUUUAACCCACCCCGGAACACGAGUCACAGUUUAGAAAUCAGCUGCCGGCCGGAGAUGCGCAGUCUGGUGUGUCUGUGUCCCAUGUGGGGCCAGGUCGAAGAGAACAACAAUUUUUCGCUAUGGUAAGUGGACGUCCCUUGCUAUACCUAUCGCUGCCAGGUCUAGCACUUAUCAUUGGCUUGGUGUGGUUCCGACGCAAGAAAAUCGUUGGUUUCGAUACAGGAGGCAAAUCGACCAGCGAAGGAGGUGCCGAAUCUGUAGCGACGACUGACGACAGUGAGAGAACUUGUGAGGCUGAAAAGCAGGACGGUGAUUUUGGAAAGCAGACUGAAUCGCUGCCGAUUACUCCGUCGGCCAACUUGAAGCACGACUCUGGUAAAAAUCAGUCCUCUUCGGCCUCCUCUUCAUCCUCGUGCAGUGGCAAAUCCGCUCCGAUUGAUAUAGUCUCCAACACUAGAAGCCCGCCAAAGUUCUCGGAUCAGCAGUUGGACGCGGAACUGUUGAAGUUGAAAAUUGAAGAAUCGGACAUUCGUAACUUGCGCUUGAUCGAAGAGCAGGACGAUUAUUCCAGCUUUGAAUCGCCGGUGAAUCUACCUGGAACGGUGGAUCGCUACAAGAAUUUUAACAGAUUCAACAGAGGGCUUGAGCCGCAGACAGAACCGGUGGUCAUAAAAGCGAGUAUGACGGCUAAAAUCUCACCUCAGAAUUCGUUCGCCACCGAGUUGAGUCCUUCGAAGGAGACGGAGAUGCGAAAUUCCUCGAGUGUGGACCUUUUGAACAACAACAGCACAACCAACAUGGACAGCGUCAACUUCCAAGCAGAUGCGGACACAAUCAACAACAACAUCGUCGACGAACCGCAAGCUGCAAACGGUGAGGAGAUCGGAUCUCACUCGCCGGCUCUCAGCAUCUGCAGCAUGCGCUCGGGCGAUUCUGGAAAAGGUUCCAGCCCGCCCCAGUCGGAGUGCGCUCCCAUCACCAGCUAUGACUUUUUCCUACCGGUUUAUUUGGUGUCCAAGAUGCUUGGCCGCAAAGCCGGCUUCGUUCAACUUAUAAAGGCAAAAACCGGCGUAAAUGUCUUGAUCAAACGUAACCCGGACACCCACAAAACAAAGAUUUGUACGCUGGAGGGAACCCAGGCCGAGAUCGACAACGCGCUGGUACUGAUCCGCAAAAAGUUCCCCGAGAAAAGAUUCUCCGCCCUGACGCUGCAAAGGGUUCACAUCGCUCCAACCGAAAACGUGGUCCCACUGCCUCUGAUUGACACUACCUGUUUCCACUUGCAGCUGGUCGAAGGCAUCAACAACGACGUCUCCGUCAGUUCCAUCGUCAACGGCGGCCACGUCUUCCUGCAGCAGCCAUUGCAUCCGUCGUUCCCCUCGCUAAAUACGCUACAGCAGUGCUUGAACCAGAGCUACAACAUGACCGAGACGCCCCAGCUGCCCGAGAUCACCGAGAACGCCAUCUGCGUGACGGCGGUCCAGGGCAAUUGGUUCCGCGUCCAGAUCGUGUCGCACAGCCCGGAGGAUCAGCACUGUUUAGUCAAAUAUCUGGAUUACGGCGGUUACGCCAACGUGCCAGUUACUAGCCUAAGACAAAUUAGAACUGACUUUAUGGCGGUGCCCUUCCAGUCUAUUGAAUGCGUGCUGUCUAAUGUUAAGCCAAGCGGUGAUUCCGGGUGGACCCCCGGAGCGUCGGAGGCUUUGUAUAGUUUAUCCAAGGGAUUGAUUCUUCAGGCUCAGGUGGCUGGAUACACUGCCGAAGGUUUGCCGGAAAUCUACUUGUACGCUUCGUUAGCUAGAGAUAACAUAAUAUUUAUUAACCACGAGCUAGCCGCUCGUGGAUUGGCCGAAUGGGUGGAGAAUGAAAUGCUGCCGGCAUCAUCGUAAACGACGCGCCGGAUUACCUAAUCGUUAAGUAGCAAACAAAUAAUUAUGAAAGAUAGAAUCAUAAACUACAGAUUCCAACAUUGAUAUGUUUGUGCUGAAAGGAAUAAUCGGAGAAGUAAUGUUAAGAGUAAUACACACAUGCAAAUGUUCUUAAAAGGUCGACCCACAAAACAGCUGCUGCGGAGGAGAGAGAAAUAAAUAAUUUAAAAAAAAACUCAUCGCAAAAGUAAUAUAAAAAAAAUGAAGAGAGUGACAACAUCCUAUAUAGAACCUAUUGGAAAUCAAUUUAUUUCAAUGUACAUUACAUAUGCGUUAAGAGCAAGCAAAUCGUUAGAUAACUAAACCCUAGUAUCAAUAGAAAUAGAGAAAAAUGCAGAGCAAUCUUAUUCCAGCAAGGAGUUUUCGAUAAGCAAAGUUUCAAACUAGCAUAGAUUUUAAGAGAAAAACAUGUACUGAUUUGUUAGGAUUACAAACAAUUAACAUUUCUUUCAUUUCAUUUUCGUAUAUUCUUUCCAAAUCAAACAUUAGACAUUUGUAGUAUUGUUUCUACCUUUUUAUAUCUAAUCCAAUUGUUUUUUUUUAUCGUCAUGAACUCAGGCAAUAAGGUUUUAAAGCUUCAAUACUCGUCAUUAUAACAUAAAACAAAUAUUUUCAGGUGUUCUGGUUUCCUCUAACGAAAGCUUAGUGUUUUUCUUCUUCUUUUACUCUGGGGAAUUAAAUAAAUUGUAAAUAAAUUACACUUUGAAGAAUAAGUUCUAAAUAAGAUUUUCAGGCAGCAUAUAUGUAACACAUAAAUUCACAAACCAUUUUGGAGAAGCAUUAGAAAAGGAUCAAAUACGUCAAUCAAAACCCCUUUUAAUUUGUUUCGUUGUAACAUAUUUUGCAAAACAUUUAAGUAAACUGUAAUGUUAAGAUAUUCCUGUGAUUAUUAUAUACAAAGAAUGAGUAAAAUGUUUUAAAACAUUGAUUUAUUUAAAAACAACAACAAAUAGACUUUCUAGGAAACAAUAUCAAAAGAUAAAAAAAACAUGUAUGUUCUGCUAUUGGACAAUUGGUACGCAUCCAGUCAAAACAAAUGAAUAAAAUGCACAUGAAUUUCACUAUUUUAAAAAUUUCACCGCAAACGCUACAGAGCAAAUCAAUGGAAUGGAAAUUCAAGCUAGGGAAACAAAUUCAAACAUUGAACAAUGGCAAGUUUUAAAUGAAAGGUUUGCGCCUUUCACAAUUUCUAGUAAAGCGUUAAGUAAAAGGCAAACAACAAUUUUAUUGAAAUUUUUGGCGGCACAAUGCAAACCAAAACACAAUCUGUAUUGCAGAAUUCCUUUAGUUAGUACCAUAUUUUUGGUUUUACUGUCUAUUUACAAAUAGGUGAGUUCUAAUGAUCAUCAUCGCAGUUAUUAGAGAUUUUGAGUGUUUUUUUAAGCUUCGUCAGAAAUGCCAACAGAAUUGUAAAAUUUGUAUAACGUUUCGAAUGCUUGGAUAGCAUGCGUUAGAAAUGGGGUUAGUUAUUUGACAACUAUUAUCCAGUGUAAGCGAACAAAAUUUAGCAUUAGUAGAAGUACACCUAACCCAGAAUGGUAAGUCGUUUAUUAGCUGACUUUUAUUUGUUUCAACGAGUGUCUAAGAAUCAGUGCACACCCACAUCUUCACACAUGCACACACACACUAUCCCUUCGACGUGAUUGAAUCCAUGAAUAUAAUGUCAUAUUUAUUUCUCUAAGCAACUACUUCUUGUUUUGAACACGAUUGAAAAACAAUCUUGAUUUGAUGAAAGCAAAAAAA